AACAGGACUAAGUAAAGUUUGUCACGUCGGAGGAGGGGACAAACUUGCUUGUCCCGCCAGUAGGCGGGAGACUGUAGACAAGAGACCGGUCGAUGAGAGGAUGGACGCCGGCGCGUGGGUCUCCGUGUCGGCGCUGGCCGUCGCGGUGCUGCUCAGCGAGCUGCUCCGCCGUGCCGCCGCGCGUUCCCUCCGCGGAGUUGCCGGAGCUUUGGCUCUGGAGGCGGCGUCCACCUUUCAGCUCUGCUGCUGCACACACGAACUCAAGCUGCUCGGGAACGCCGGGCUGAUGGAACCGGCAUACGGCCUGACGCUGGGUUACGCGGUCACGGUCGUGCACUUGCUGUCUUUCCGGGGAGCUUCGUGCAACCCCUGCGGCGUUGUGGAGCGCGCGUGCCGGGGAACGUGCCGAGGCAGUGCGGCCCUCGCCCUGGUCGCCGGCCAGUUCGGCGCCGCGUUGGCCGCCCGCUACGCCGCAGCCUCCGUCUGGUCGCUGGGGCUGGCGGAGCACCACGUUCAGCAAGGACGCUUCGGCUUCAGGUGCUUCGACCCGUUAGGCGGCACCGUGCUGGAGGCCGCCGCCGUGGAGUUGGCCUGCGCUUUUGCGGUCCAGACGGCGGCUCUUCACAUCCACAAGGUGGAUGACAAACUCCGCGUCCACGUCAUCGCCGCGCUCAUCACUGCGCUGGCUUACGCAGGUGGAAACAUUUCCGGGGCCGUGUUUAACCCGGUCCUAGCCUUCUCCAUCAACUUCCCCUGCAGUGGCCACACCUACCUGGACUAUUGCUUCAUUUACUGGCUGGGACCUGCCUUGGGUGUCGCCGGCUGCAUCCUGCUCUUCGAAAAGAUCCUCCCGUUCCUCUCCGGUAGGAAUUCAGCAGGCCGAGAGGUCGGCGCUCACAAGCACAAGUCGCACUAGUCAUGUGACAGGUUCUAUCUGAAUGUUCAAAUACACAACCGUUUAUUUGAGUUACUUGGCAGUCAGAGGCACAAAAUGUUUUUGUCAUUGUUUGUUUUUAAAAAUAAUACUGCAUACUGUGAGCAAUCAUCAAUAUUUGCUGCCACACCUUCCCAGUCCAAAUGCAUUGGACAACAAUAGUCGUUAAAGCACAAACAACCUGUGAAAGUAGUAUUGCUACUGGACUUUUAACUAACUACAGUAUUAUUACUAACAUGAUUGGUAAUCCUUUUUCUUUUAAUUUUGGGGUGAAAAAAAUUUCCAGUGAGAAAUUUCAAAGUGCUAGAAAUGUUGAUAUUCUACUCAAAACUGAUGAGCCAUCUAUCUAUUGUAUUAUUUUUCAUUGUUUGACAUACCAAAACUGUGAAGCAUUUAUUUACUUGGUUGUGCUCGUUUCUUUUUUGUAUGAGGGCCAGGCAAUGAAAGAAAUGUGAGAAUAAUGUCGUAAUAUUCCGAGAAUAAUAAAGUAUUACCAGAGUAGAGUGGUAAUGUUGUGUGAAUAAAGUAGUCAUGUUAUUAGAAAAAAAGUUGUAAUGUUACAACAUUAAAAUCGUAAUAUUACGUAAUUUUAUGUACAUUACGUAAUAUCAAGGGCGUAGGUUCGCAUAGGGACGGUAGGGACAUAACACUACCAACUUUUCAGGAUGCGCAAAUCAUCCCCACCAACGUUUUUUCCCCCAAAAUAUUUUUCUUGACUUUUCACACAUUAAUAGAAUGGAUACAGGCAAACACAGCAAACAUACAUUCCCUGACAAGAGUCUUGUCGCUUAUCCAUUUUCAGUGUUGUCAGUAACGUAACACGUUACUGUAACCUGAUUACUUUCUUUCAGUAACGAGCAAUGUCACGCGUUCAUUUUUCCAAGCCAGUAAUCUGAUUAAAGUUAGUUUCCUCGGUGCCUGUGCGUUUUGUUGUUGCCUCAUACUGUAUGUAGAAUGAAGAAUGUUGUAGUCAUCUACGAAGAGCAUUUGAAAAUACUGCGCUUGAGUUUGGGAGUGACAUCACAUCUCACGUUUUCUCAUCGGGGGGGGAAAAAAACGGGUCAUGUGUAUUACCAUCCUGCCUGUGCGCGUGCCGUCUGCCACGGCGGUCAACAACAUAGCCUGGCUAGUGGCUACCUAUCAGGAUGCUAACAGUAAAGGAGCCGGAGAGAUACAACAAAAGGCUGCAUUUGCUCACUGGAGAUACAGCCAUUACUUCACAUAUCCGUCCAGUAAAGAUGACAAAAAUAUCUCCGUGCGUUGCAAACUCUGCGCAGGCUCAGAAAGACUGUCGACCGCUAAAAACUCGACAUCCAAUUCAACAAGGAAGCACUUGGAAUUACAGCACAACGCGAAAAAACUCGAAUCAAAGCCAACAGGUAACGAGACAGCCAGCACUUCUACAGUUUGUAACCAGCCUUUAUAAUAUGUGUAAUUAUGUACAUUUUAUACUUAGAGUUUGUAAUCAUAGGCAAAGUUUUACAUUUGUGGGACUGGGGGAAAAGCAUGUUGAAGACUGAAACAAAAGUCAAAAGUUUGGACACACUUCAUGAUUUUUGCAUUUUAUAUAGUUUCACUACUAUUGUAUAUUCUCACUGAAGACAUCAAAACUAUGAAAGAACAUGUGGAAUGGCAAAAAAAAAGUGAAAACUGAAAACAGGUUUUGUGUUCUACAUUCUUCAAAGUAUCCACCUUUGAGGUGUCUCCAAACUUUUGGCCAAUACUGUAUAUAUAUAUAUGUAUAUACACAUCUUGACACUGUUCGAGUUCAAUCAACUGUUCAAGUUGUUGGCAGCGUUUGAAAGCUUAGGUUUAAAGAAAUUCUAAAUAUCCAUCUUGCCUCCCCUGGCAACUUUACGUUGUAGGAUUUUUCAUUCAUUUAAUUUAUUUUUAUUGUUUGUUUUAUUGCUUUACAACUUUUGGAGACAACAUUUUAACGGCUAGGUCUUUAUUUCAAAGGGGAAGUUCAGAAUUUUUUACAUUAGGCUUAAUCUUGGAGUUAGUGGGGGUUUAAUUAGUCGUUGGAGUUGAUUUAAACCAAUUUUGUGCAAUUUGUCAGUUAUUUAAACCCCCGCUAACUCAAAGAUUAAGCCUUAUGUGAAAAACUCAAUUACACGCGAUGACAGUUUUCAGUUAUUUUUAUGUUGAGGCAGCAAAAGGAAAAAAAAUUGGUAAAACGUAAUUGAUAAGUUACUUUUAAAGUAACUUAGUUACUUUGAUAAUAAAGUAAUCAGUAAAGUAACUAGAUUACUUUUUUAGGUGUAAUCAGUAAUUAAAUUACUUUUUAAAAUAAUCCGUGACAACACUGUCCAUUUUGUAGAAACAAUUGCUAGUAUAACCUGACUUUUAAUUAUUCAGUUGGUUUCAGAAAUGGCUCAUAUGAAAGCUAAGACCCUCGCAAAUUAUGUUGAAUGUAAAAAAUAUAUAUAUGAACUUUUUCCUUUCAAAUAUUUUUAUUCAAAUAUAAUGUAUAUAGAAUAUAUAUGAACUUUUGAUUUUCGGUUUCAAAAUAUGUCACCCGCAUAGAAAAGGAAAAGUGAAAUUAGAUUUCGGGGAAAUUCCUCCUUAGGUGGAAAUCUUUGACUCAUGUUUCAGUGCCAUAAUGUACAAAAUGGAUAAGCGACAAGACAUUUGUCAGGGACUGUUGAGAGACAAGUGAAUAAUAAAGUUUAGAUGACACAGAAUUAACUUCUCCCUGAAAAAGUCAAGAUAAAUGUACCCUCCCAGCCACAAACAAGACAACAAACAUUAUCAUUCACAACUUAGACACCACAAAGUAAACAGGUUAACUAAAUAGGAAGGAAGAUAAAUAACUUAAUUAAAGAAAAAAAAAAAAAGGUUUUAUUGGUAGCUCAAUGGUUUUCGGCUUCAAUAGUUGUGGAAUCUAAAUGGAGUAGAAAAGGCUGCCAAGACCUACAACCUCUAGCAAAAAGUAUGGAAUCACCAGUCUCGGACGAGCGCUCACUCAGACAUUUUAGUAUAUAGAACAAACUCAGAUAAAAAGCUUGUAAAAAUAGUGAAUUAGUUCAAAAGUGCAACUCCUUGGCAUUCAGAAACACUAAAAGAAAUGAAUAGAAAACACUGUGGUGGUCAGUAAAUGUUACUUUUAUAGAGCAAGUGCAGGGAAAUACUGUAAAUAUAGAAUCACUCCAUUCUGAAGAAAAAAAAUAUGGAAUCACUCCAUUUUGAGUAGAAAAUACAGACACACCCAGUCAAUUUCCUUUCCUUAUAUGGGCCCCUGCCUCAGAUUAGAUCUGCUCGUUCGUCGGCAGUUAAAAACAGUGCAGUUAUCACACCUUGGAGGGUUGUUGGACCAAGUGAAUUCACAAGAAUCAUGGCUCCAAAAAGAGAGAUGUCUCUUGAGACCAAGGAGAGGAUUAUCAAAUGUCUUGAAGAAGGUUGCCAAAGAUGUGUGUGUUCACAGUCAGCUGUAUCAAAAAUCUGGACCAAGUACAAAACAGCAUGGCAAGGUUGUUAAAGUUAAGCGUACUGGUAGACCGAGGAAGACAUCCAAACGUUAUGACGAAUAACUAAAGGCCAUAUGUCUUGAAAACAGAAGAUGUACAACAAGACAAAUGAAGAAGAAAUGGGAGGAAGCUAGAGUCAAGGUAUGUGACAGAACUGUGCAAAAUUGCCUUAAGGAAAUUCAUACAGGAAAGCUAAAAGGAAACCAUCAUUGACACUUAAACAGAAAAGAACAAGACUGCAAUGGGCUAAGGAGAUGCAAUCAUGGACUGUGAAUGACUGGAUGAAGGUUAUUUUCAGUGAUGAGUCAAGAAUCUGCAUUGGACAAGGUAAUGAUGCUGGAACUUUUGUUUGGUGCCGUUCCAGUGGGAUUUACAAAGAUGACUGCCUGAAGAAAACAUAAAAAUUCCCUCAGUCCUUGAUGAUAUGGGGCUGCAUGUCAGGCAAAGGCUCUGUGGUUAAAUCUUCAAUAAAUGCACAAGUUUAAUUGAAGUUUUAGACAGCUUUCUUAUCCCUUCAAUUGAAAAUAUGUUUGGGAUAAUGAAAUCAUUUUCCAAGAUGACUAUGCAUCAUGCCACAGAGCUAAAACUGUUAAUGCAUUCCUUGGAGAAAGACUCAUCCAGUCAAUGUCAUGGCCUGCAAAUAGCCCAGAUCUCAACCCUAUUGAAAACCUGUGGUGGAAAUGGAUUUUAAAAAAAAAAAAAAAAAAGGUCCACAGGAAGGCUCCGACCUGCAAGGAUGAUCUGGCAACUGCAAUCAAAGAGAGUUGGCACCAAAUUGAUGAAGAACACUGUUUGUCACUCAUCAAGUCCAUGGCUCAGAGACUGCAAGCUGACAUAAAAACCAGAGGUGGUGCAACUAAAUACUAGAGAUGUGUUUUGAUUUUUAUUUCUUUGUUUGUUUCUCAUGAUUCCAUAUAUUUUUCCACAGAAUGGAUAGAUUCUAUAUUUAUUUCCCUGCACUUGCUCUAUAAAAGUAAGAUCUACUGAGCCACCACAUACAUAAUAAAUUGUCUGAGUGAGUGCUCGUCCGAGACUGGUGAUUCCAUACUUUUUGCUCGGGGUUCUAUCAGAGGCCUGCGGGGAACCUUUUAGGGAAAAUCUGAUUCAAUUCUCAAGUUCUGCAAAAUUUCUUGGAUCCAUUUUUUGUGUGUAGUUUGGAAUGAGUGAGUCCACUUAAGAAGAAUAAGCAUCCUAGCAAGUAGGUUGGUGAAAGCAAUGACUUUCCUUGAUAAUUUAGACGAAGUGGUUAAGGGAAAUGUUUCAAAAAUUGCAAUUAGAGGGGGUCAGGGUUCAGCUUGGUACAGAGCACUUUUCCUAACGUUUCAAAAACAGUUUGGCAAAAGACAUUUCCCACCAAAUUCCUAAGCAACCUUAUUUGCAUUAUUUAUAUAAUCUGUUCAGUCAUAUAGGUAAUUUAGAUUAUCCUCCCAUAUGUUGUAAGCAGUGUUGUUAAUCUUACUUUAAAGAAGUAAUUAAUUACAGUUACAAAUUACUUCUCCCAAAAAGUAAUUCAGUUAGUAACUCAGUUACCUGAAUCUAAGAGUAAUUAGUUACUUGGCAAAGUAACUGGUGUUACCUUUCAUGUUUUUUUUCAGCCCCCCAACAAAACAAAAAAAAAACAUAGUAACCUUUGCUAUGUUUGGAAGUCAUUUAAUGUUGUGAAUGUUUUUAAAAUUGCUCCCGUUAUUGCAUUAGUUCUCUUCUGUCUACUUUUGGCACGUGAAUGUUUUAAAACAGUUUCAUCGUUUAAAGAUGGAUUCAAGUCAAGAUUUUGCCGAUUUAGAAGUAUUCUAGAUAAAAAGUUACUUAGGUUCAUUAGGAAGGUUCUCUACAAUAGAGCCUUCCUUAGAAGUAUACUGCUUUAAGAUGGCGGCUGUUUACUCACGACGGUUUGUCGAUCAUUUCGCAUCUAGUUCUCUAAACAUGUGCUAACGCCGCCGUGUCUGUCAUUUUGCAUUUAGUUAUAUAUGGCGGAAAACACAGACAAGGCUGAAAAAUCAGUUUCUGCUCUUGCAACCCUCUUUAAAAUAAACUGCUGUAUUUUAAGCCAAAAGAACUGUUGUGUCUGAUAGAACAAUAUGACUAUAUGCUGCCAUAGCAGAAUCAUGUCACAUAAAGCCCCCAAACUAUUUUCAAUUUGUCUGUUUUACCCCGGAGACCCCCGUUUACAGACGUCGCGCAAGGUAAGUAAUUAUAUUCACUACUCGAAAUCUGUCAUUGUUUUAGAUUAGAAUCAUUAAUUGAUGUCUAAUAUUUAGUUUAAAAAAAAAAACUUUUAAAAAAUUAGUCGCAUAUUUUAAAAUUUUAAACAAAUUACUAGAGACAUCCCGAUCGAUCACGUCAUUUUCAAUGUAUCGAAAUCGACAAAAAAAUAUCCGACAUGCCUUUUUUUGAUAUAUUUUUUUUUAAAUAAAUCGUUUUCUAAUUGUAUUUAACGUUACAGACAUAAUAUGUUACACUCAUCCAGAGUCUUUAGUUUUGGCUUAAGGUAGGGUUAUCAAAUUUAUCCCGAUAAUGGCAGUAAUUAAUUUUUUAAAAAUUGUAUGAUGUUAAAAUAUUUAAUGCAAUUAAUGCAUGCGCUGCAGGACCCACUCACGCAUUGUCGCGCUCAAUCUGUAAUGGCGCCGUUUUACCUAUAUGGAGAGCUAAAAGGCAGCGUAAAAUGGGUAGAGUGAAUUUUGGAAGCCUUUGAAGCCUUUUUUUAAUUGGCUAAAGCCUUACAAUCCCUCUCCCUACGAUUAGAGCUAUCGUGGGAAGCAAUGUGGGGAAGCAAGGUAGUAAAUGAUCUUUUUCUUAACACCAUAUUUUAUUUCCCAACGCAGAGAAGAUAUCUCAAUUGGUAGCACUACGCACAGUCAUGGUUCCACUUCCCAUCAUGCAUUUGGGCGUGGCUACAGUAUCAUUUACUGAAAGCUCAACAAAUACACUAGAUGGCAAUAUUUAGUCACAAUAUACAAAGUCACAUUUGUCCUUUAAGAAUUACAAGUCUUUCUAUCCGUGGAUCCCUCUCACAGAAAGAAUGUUAAUAAUGUAAAUGCCAUCUUGAGGAUUUAUUGUCAUAAUAAACAAAUACAGUACUUAUGUACUGGAUGUUGAAUGUAUAUAUUCGUCCGAGUUUUAUUCAUUUUUUUCUUAAUGCAUUGCCAAAAUGUAUAUGAUCGGGAAAAAUUAUCGCGAAUGAUUGGAAUUGAAUCGGAGGCAAAAAAAAGCAAUCGGAUCGGGAAAUAUCGGGAUCAGCAGAUACUCAAACUAAAACGAUCGGGAUCGGAUCGGGAGCAAAAAAACGUGAUCAGAACAACCCUACAAAUUACGUCACAAUGCAAAAAAGGGUGUCUGUAAAUAAGUCAGGGAUAUCUACUUCAUAAUUAUCGCUUGAUUGUAUUUUUUUUUUUUUUUUUGUUACUACCGCGUUUUCCCCAAUACUUUAGAUGAUAAAUAAUCGAUCCAAACAAAGAAAAAUUGAAAAAAACCAUUUUUUAAGGCUAAAUAUAUGAAAAAGAAUCUCGACCACUCCUUGAUGUCUGCGAUUUCUGCAUCGCGACUCCAUGUUAUAUUACCAUGUUUCACCCAUAAAAUCUCCAAAAAAUCUGGCUGUGGCCUUUCACAGCUGUGUCUUGAAACUCUGUGAUACAUGCUACAUGGAGUUUUUGGAUUGAAAAGAGGCAAGUACGCGAUAAUAUCUCGUUAAAAUCAUGGCGUCUGUAAUUAUGCUCUCUCAUGCGCUCACCUCUAGUUAGGGUUUUGCUGUUUUUUUUUUCUUUUUUUUUUUUAAAUGCCCUCCUGUUCAAAGUUUUCCUUCCCCAGAAAAUUGAGAUUUUAAGCUUUGCAAUGAUGAAUCAUACAUGCAUAUAGGACAAUUUUUAAAUUUGGCCAAAUUGGAGGUCUCAGGGCGGAACUUCAAGCCACCUGAGUGUUUUCCGCCAUAUACAUAUGAUAUCUACCUUAGCAUUAUUUUGGCGUAAUUUUUAGGCUAUCAGCUACAGUCAGGUAUUAUUGGAGCCACCUAGCAUCGCGUUUGCAACGGCAUCACAACUCCCUUCCCUUUACCCCACUCCCGCUCUGCUCUCUCGUCUAUGUGAGUCCGUGUCUCUUUUCUUGCGUCAUUCAACCAACGCAGUAACGCAUAGUAACGCACACCUUUACAUCUUCAGCAACGGUAACGGCCUUGCCAAGAUAAGACAAGUAAUUAAUUAGAAUUUAUUAGAAUUACUACUGAAAAAAAAAUAACGCAGUUAGUAACGCCGUUAUACUCUUAACGCCGUCAUUAACAACACUGGUUGUAAGGAUUUAAUUGACCCUACCAUUAGUAAGGGUUUAUUUUCAUUCUGUUCAGACUUCCAUUUACCGCUUUUCACAAUGUGCCAGUCCAUUUUUUCCCCUCAAACGCAAGUUUGAUUGGCUGCCACCACCACAACCACAACACAAAUACAUGUCAAAAUGCCGCCUCCUCUGCUCCCUUCGAAGAGGAAGGACAUUAGAAUUUUUUUUCGGCCAGCAGCAGCCACUGUAAGCAAUGUAAAAAGACACCAAUGUUGUGGAGGUGGUGAACACGGCACAAAUUUUGCUAGUGAAAGUCCGACCUGCACCAAAGUUAGCAUAACAUUAAACUGUGUGAACUUGCUCACCUGCAAAACUCAAGCAAGAAGCUGCUUAGAGAGAGGCCCCAGUCUGUUUCACAGGAAAGUGUUGAUAGUCAAAAAAAAAAAAAAACACUUGCUGCUGACGCCAUGUUUAUUUCAUAUUUCACGCGGUGUUUUAUGCUCCUGAAUGAAAUGGACCCCUUGGAUGUGUGUGGAAGAGAUGGAUUUAUAUAUUCAAUUUUUGAAUCCCGUGCCAUGAAAAUGAGUGACUUCCAGCUUCAGUCUCGGGUUUAGGACGAAUGUGAAUGUGACGUCACCCGGGUUAGCGUCUCCCAAUACAGCAUUGCUUUAUAGCGUGCAGAUGGAUGGACUGCGGAUUCAUCUGAUUUUGCGGAUUAAUUAGUUUAUUUUUCGCAUCACGCCAGCCAAACGGCUGCAGAAAAUUGUUGCCGCACCAGGGAGAGGCAUAUGAGCCUGGUUGGGUUUCAAAAGGUUCCCGUUCACCGCGGAUAUUGGUCAAAACAAGCCCUACUACUGUGGGACCAUUGGACUUACCAGGAAGUGAGUAAACAUCGUAUUUUGUAUUAUGUCAAAUACUGGGAUCAUGGCACACGUUUUAAUACGGAGGCAGCUUGCAUUUUGUGGCUGAUUAUCCACCGAAAAUGCCACUCCGCCGACGACCGGCGGCUUGUUGCACACACCCCAGUCGGGAGAGCGCUAUACUCGGCAUACUGCCCUCUUCGUGUGCCCGGUGUUCUGUCAAAUUUUCAACCCCAUCAGCAAUUGCAACUUUGUGUUAAAAAUGGCCGCGAAUACAGCGAUUAUAAAGUAAACACUUCAAACUGUCUAUAAAUAAAGGACUAUUUACUUUCGUUUGAUCAUGAACGGAAAUGUAGAAAAGUUCUCCUCAGACACAUCCUGCCAUGUUAGCUGCACAACAACUGCAUGCCGCUCUCUGUUUAAGUCUUUGCCGUGUAGUAAAGCAAUAUUUUUACGCCAUAUUCGAGUUGACCAUAUGACAGCUACGCGCUCCUCCGACGUCGGCCGGUUUGUCCGGCGGUACUCUCCAUUGCUUCCCCGGCAAGCUUUCCUGUCCGUAGCUGGGGGACGAGUUGUAACUUGUUCGCCACCGGGCGGGUGGCCAAUCGGCGAAGACUAGGGAUGGGAAUUGAUAGGAUUUUUACGAUUCCGAUUCCAUUAUCGAUAUUGCUUAACGAUUCGAUUCUUUAUCGAUUCUCUUAUCGAUUCUAAUUUGGGGGAAAAGAACAAACGUUUUGAUUGGCAUCGAGUUUAAUCAGAAGUCACAACCUUACAAACUCACAACGAGGUCAAAAGAGGCCCACAGCCUCAAUAUUAACUGUGGCAAUAAGUGGCAAAUGCACAAGAAUGUGUAACAUUUUACUGAAACAUUUUUCUAAUAGAAAUAAAAAAUAUGAAAAUGAAUGAAUGAAUGAAUAUUGGCAUAUAGGUCGUUGUUCUGCCGUUGGCAAUAUGUGUUAAAGCAGGGGUCCCCAAACUUUUUCCUGUGAGGGCCACAUAACUUUUAACUGAUGAGGGGCCGGGGUCAGUUUGAACAGAACACAGAAAAAGUGUGACGAUUGCAGGAGUGCCGAAAUGUAAAAAAUUAUUGCUUUUCAGAAAGCCGCAAUCAAAUAACCCUUUCUGGAUUCUUUACAGAACAAAAGUAACUAAAAUAAUAAUAAUAUGAUAUAAUAAUAAAUAAUAAUAACACUAUUAAUCAGGGAGGGUUAUUUGGUUAUUAUCUAUUUGAGUUCUUCACAGAAAAAGGCCAGAAAAUAAAGAACACUAUUAAGAAAAAAAAAAUUUCCAAAUGCUCUCUGGUAUUGUUCAGGGGCCGGACCAAAUGUGGGGGCGGGCCGUAGUUUGGGGACCCCUGUUAAAGUGUAUUAUUUACCAGUAUAUUGAAAUGCAUUAGUUUUUAUGGCGCUUUCACGCUCAAGUGGGGGCGCCCUUGCGCUUCCUCACGUGAAGAAGAGCGCGCUUACACGCGAAGAAGAAAUGCCGCAUCCAAGCGAGUGAGCCAGUUAGUGAGAGAGGGGAAACACUGCUACGAGCCUACGUUCUUUUUUAAUGUUUGUAAAAUAUCUACAGAGGCAACGCCUGUAUGUAUCGUCUUUUGUGUUGUUGUUGUUGUGUGCUUCCACUCGCGAUCGGACACUUAAAUCCAGUUGUGUAGUAGAUUGAACGAUGUGCUAAUGUUAGCGAACGCAUGCUAACUGUUUAGCUGUAUUAGCAGCUAAUCAUCGCUGAUUUACGUUGAUGCAAACCUGUUUGUUAUUGGGGACGAAAUUGAUUUGUUUCAUUUCUAUUUUUAGUUUCACUAUUCAAGUGGUGGUUGAAUAAAGUCAGCAAAUUAUACCAACGUCUUCUGUAUCCUCAUUUGGGAGUUUAGCUAGCUAUAUAGCCAGGACUAAGCCUUAGCGUCUCUGUGAGGACAGUGCAGUCUUAUUCCCUCCCGAUGCAGUUAUCUCCACCUUGCAAGACUGCAAGUCGUUUUGUUGUAAUUUUUCCUCGUGAAGUAAAGACACACUUUCGAGCGUUUGAACCUACGUGCUGUCAUUGUUAUGUUUACGGCUGCAAUGCUCGUGCUAAACCAUCGUAACCUUUCAUUUUCACCUUCUUUCCUGGUGAAGUGUAGCCAAACUUUGGAGCGGGUGGUUCUUGGAGCCAUGCUAGUUUGAUGCGUCUGGACAACAAGACACGUCACAACGCAAUAUGCGUCUUUAGGAAUCGUUAAAGGGAUCGUUCAGGCUUUUUCAUUGUGAUGUCGAGGCCUCGAAACACAAGGAACCGGUUCUGAAUUGGAAUCGGAUUUCGGAUUCCAUUUAGCACAAGACUUAUUUUCCAUGACCAUACCAUUUAUUUAGCAAUUGGGGAAAAAUAUUGGAGUAGAUUAACUUAAACAAUGACAUUUUGCGGCUCUCUUUGUCGCGUUGUCCUCGUUCUGAAUAAUUACCCUUCAAUGGGUUGAAUUGUAAAUCAGAUGAAACCAUGACCCUGCUGACAUUAUCCUCCUGUUGGGGACACUAUAGCCCUAUAAUGGUAGGUGUGGCUAAACGGCAGAUUAAAAGACUAAUUUCUAGUCAUCUGAGCUUUGCCAAAUUGUUGUAUAGGGUAUAGUCGAAAUUUCUCAAAAUAUGAUUCUAAUUCACAUAAUAAUGCUAUUUAAUACUUUUUUAUCCUUUCGUAUGCACUUUGAGUAGUUAUCUCUAAAAAAAAAAAAAAAAAAAAAAGAAAUACAAGAAACCACUAGUGUAAAUUUCCUUGAUAUGAAACAAGAUGGAAACACUUUAGCAUAUUUGUGAGAAAUGUAGCCCUCACCCCGUUCACCCUAUUUGUUUGGUCUGUCCCGUCCCCAGAAAAAAGUGUACAUGCUUGUUCUGCAGUUCUUGUGUCCCUACCAAUGUUAAGCCAAACUACGCCUUGGCAUAUGUAUGGCUGCAACACGGCUACAUAAAUUUAUGUUGUAUAAUGAGCUGUGAUAUUAAUAUUACGGCUGUCAAAAUUAUCGCGUUAACAGGCGGUAAUUAAUUUUUUUAAUUAAUCAUGUUAAAAUAUUUGACACAAUUAACGCAUAUGCCCCGCUCAGACAGAUUUAAAUGACAGUACAGUGAAAUGCCCACUUGUUAAUUGUGUUUGAUGGAGUUUUGCCACCCUCUGCUGGCGCUUGGGUGCGACUGAUUUUAUAGGCUUCAGCAACCAUGAGCAUUGUGUAAGUAAUUGACAUCAACAAUGGCGGGCUACUAGUUUAUUUUUUUGAUUGAAAAUUUUACAAAUUUUAUUAAAACGAAAACAUGAAGAGGGGUUUUAAUAUAAAAUUUCUAUAACUUGUACUAACAUUUAUCUUUUAAGAACUACAAGUCUUUCUAUCCAUGGAUCGCUUUAACAGAAUAUUAAUGUUAAUGACAUCUUGUUGAUUUAUUGUUAGAAUAAAUAAAUACAGUCCUUAUGUACCGUAUGUUGAAUGUAUAUAUCCAUCUUGUGUCUUAUCUUUCCAUUCCAACAAUAAUUUACAGAAAAAUAUGGCAUAUUUUAUAGGUGGUUUGAAUUGCAAUUAAUUACGAUUAAUUAAUUUUUAAGCUGUAAUUAACUCGAUUAAAAAUUGUAAUUGUUUGACAGCCCUAAUUAAUACAUUUCGAAAUAUUUGUGUAAACUGUUUUUUUUUUAGCGUGGAGCAUCACCUAUAAAUACUACCUCUUCUGAUAUUACACAAAAGUUGUUAGGUCGUAAUAUUACGAUUUGGCUUUGCUGCAACCAUACAUAUUACGUUAAAUUACAUAACGUUACGACUUUAAUCAUGUAAAAUUACGAUAUCUCAUUUCUUUCUUUGCAUGUUCCUCAUACCCUGUUGUAGUUUUGGAAGUGUCCAUGGGUUAAUAUUUUACUUCAUUACAUCAUGUCUUAAUAAUCAUCUUAAAUUGUGACACAACUGCACAAUGUACUGUAAAUAAGAUUAACGUGUACAUGGCCACACUUGUUUGUAAAACUGACAUCACGAUGACCAACAUUUUAUCAUGUUAUCUUGAAAAUGUGACUUUGUUCAAGCCUGAGAUCAUUUUCGUGCAGUAAAUGGAGGCUACGAGGGUUUUAUGAUUGUCACUUUAGACAUUUUCGUGCCGCCUGCGUAUUCAAAUGUCAUCUGCCUCAACAUCUGACACUUGUUGCACAACCCGACCUUUGAGCCAUCUCUCUGUACUCGGAACAUUUAACACGUUAACAAUUACACACGUUGGAGGACAGGCUUUCCCAAAGUACUCAAAGUCAAAUGAAAAUCAGGCUUCGGAGCAGCUUUUAUUAUAACAAAUGUACAAGAUAAGAAAUAACAGUUAACAAAAAAGGGGUCAGCUAAGUUCUAUACACAAAGGUUUUUCUUCCCACAUUCAUUGCAAGGUAACAUGGGAAAAAUAUUCCACUCAUUUGCAAGUCUUUUUCCCCAUGCAGCUACUGCUUAUAUCAACCAUACAACAGUCAGAACCACAUUUUUUUCCUUUUUUUACUCAGCAUGUAUUGAUAAAUAGUGGUCCGUGCUGGUUCUGGGGCCACGUUUGGACCCCUUAGGGGCAUCUUGAGCCGACGCGCCGUGCAAUUCUAAAAUGAGGUACUCUUAUUAAAAAAAAAAAAAAAAGAGACAAUAAUACAAAAACAGGUUACUUUAAAAACGUUUGUACAUAGAAAAUAAUACUCUUUACAUUGUUUUUGCCAGACCACAAGCAAUGAACACGGACAUUGAAACCCCAGAUAUUGAACCAAGAAAAUGUAAACUUAUUAGUUGCCAUUGACGUAGACAUCCAAUCCAUUUCAAAUGGAUUGGACAUCUACUAUUGAUAAACUAUUUGUUUUUCAGAGCCACAUUAUUGGACAUCUAUCAUCGUCAAUGGCACGAAAAAGUUAACAUUAACGUGGUCAACUUCAUAAGUUCCACUGUAUAUAAAACCAUACAUUAUAUAUAUAGUUUUAAAAAAAUUGGUAUUCACACCCAAAACGUAGAAAAAAAGAAAGAAAAAUCACAAAUGGCAGUUAAAAUGGUUUUUGUGUACAAUAUACAAAAACUAGUCAUCUAUUAUUUUAUAUAAGUAUACAUUCACACCUUCACAUAUAUGCAUGACACUUUAAUAUUGGCGUAUAAAAACUAGGGAAUAGUGUUAUUACCUGUCCUAGCGGAAUGAUCACUGGAAACGGGAGACUUUAUUACAUGAAGACGUCAGGGAAUAUAAAAAAAUACAAGAGGAUAAAAAAUGAAAUCAUACACCAUUAUGUUUUUUUUUUGUUUUCUACAAUUGUUCGUUAUUGCAGACGUAGUCCACGAGGUCCGUGACACCCAGCAGGUCGUCUUCGUCUUCCUCGUCCUUGGCGGUCUGUCCGUUGUUGCAGUCCGACGGGUUGGUUGCUUUCACCUCCUCCCCGGGCUUUUCUUCAGAAACCUUUUCCUCCGGAAGCUUCUUUUCCUUUGGUUUUUCUUCUUCUUGGUCUUCGUCGUCGUCCGAGUCGAUGCGGUUGACGCGUUUGCGGACGGGGCGGUCCUCCUCGGAGGACUCGUCAGAGUCGUCGUCAGAGUCUUCCUCCUCUUCUGACGCUCUCCGCCGCUUCAAGGCCAGACGACGGCGGCGCUGUCUCGACUCGCGUUUUCCCUCGUCGUCUUCCGAGGAGCCCGCUCGCCGUUUGGAGCGACGUUCCCUCGACGCGUCCUCGGAAUCUCUGGAGAAGCUCGCUGAGAAAGAAAAAUACAAGCCAACUUGAAAUCUAGGUGACAUUCAGGUUGUCGAUAAUGUUGCAACGAUGAAUCGUUUAACUCGAGUAAUUCGAUUAGAAAAAAAAAAAAGCUUAAUCAUUUUGCUACUUUGAGGAUUCGUUUAAUUAGAGUGGCGGUGUAAUGGUUUGUUUUGAACGUGUUUGCAUUUAGUUUUAUUGAUUUCGGUGGAUACACAGCUCUCUAGUGGCAACAGCGAAUAUGGCACAACUCAUUUAACCUGGCUGAAUUCAGCUACUCCCUGCUAAGACCAACAAAAGGUAAGUUUGGUUUUUUGAGCAUUUUUUUAUGCAU